AUGCCGUCCAGCGCCAGUUUCACUAGCAUGAUGACAUUCAACAUCGAAGAUAUUGAGCGAGAAAAGAUAGCUCAUGGCGUUUUGAUGAUUGUCGCCUAUGUGAUCAUAUUCCCUCUGGCGGGCCUCUUCCUUCGUAUCUCUCGAUUGCGUCACACAGUGGCUAUACAUGGCAGUCUUCAAAUAUUUGCUCUAGUGCUUUCCAUUGCUGGACUUGGUCUUGGAAUUGCCAUGGCCAAACCACUCGGUCUACUCAGCCAUUAUCACCCAGUGAUUGGGAUGAUUGUUAGUGCAGGUCUCACCAUCUUCCAGCCUGCUAUGGGACUCCUACAGCAUCAGCACUUCCGAAAGAAAGGUGGCAAGAGCAUCUUUGCCUAUAUCCAUCGUUGGUUCGGACGCGUUAUGCUUACGCUGGGAAUCAUUAAUGUCGGACUAGGCCUACACUUCGUGAGGGUUGAGUAUCCAUCUGAUGCACCUUGGGGCGCUGUCAUUGCAGUUUCGGUUGUCAUUGGAAUUGUUGGCGUAACCUAUGUUCUGGUAGUCGCUCUGACAAAUCGAUCAAGAGCGAAAAAAGCUGCAUCUGGGUCGGAUGGGUCUGCUUCGCUCUAG